CCAUUACUUAAUGACCUCUGAAGGACAACAACAAGCAGACACAACUAACCCUGAAACUUGACGGAAGAUGAACUCCAAAUGUCAAAAUAUUGAGCUGAAUGAUGGGCACUUCAUACCUGUGCUGGGCUUUGGAACUGCUGUACCUGAAGAGUUUCCCAAAAGUAAGAUUAAGGAGAUCAUCAAAAUAGCUAUAGAUGUUGGCUUCCGUCAUUUUGAUUCUGCUUCUAUUUAUAAAACUGAAGAUUAUGUGGGAGAGGUCAUCCGAAGCGAGAUUGCUGAUGGCACUGUGAGGAGAGAAGAUAUAUUUCUGACAUCCAAGGUUUGGUGUAAUUGUCUUCGCCCAGAAUUGGUGAGAUCUUCCUUGGAACAGUCAUUGAGGAAAUUUCAGUUGGACUAUGUGGACCUUUACCUCAUGCAUUACCCAGUGGCCCUGAAACCAGGAGAAGAAGAUUUCCCAGUAGAUGAACAUGGAAAAUUAAUAUUUGACACAGUGGAUCUCUGUGCCACAUGGGAAGCCUUGGAGAAGUGUAAGGAUGCAGGACUGACCAAAUCCAUUGGGGUGUCCAACUUUAACCGCAGGCAGCUGGAGAUGAUCCUGAACAAGACAGGGCUCAAGUACAAGCCUGUGUGUAAUGAGGUAGAAUGCCAUCCUUAUCUCAACCAAAUGAAACUUCUUGAUUUCUGCAAGUCAAAUAAUAUUGUACUGGUUGCCUAUGGUGUCCUGGGAACACAACGAUAUACAGGAUGGGUGGACCCGAGCUCCCCGGUUCUCUUGGAUGAACCAGUUCUUCAUUCCAUGGCAAAGAAAUACAAUCAAACUCCAGCCUUGAUUGCCCUUCGCUACCAGAUACAGCGUGGGCUUGUGGCCCUCAGCAGCACUCUCACAGAAAAGCGAGUCAAAGAGAACAUCCAGGUUUUUGAAUUCCAGUUGAGUCCAAAGGAUAUGAAAGUACUUGAUGGCCUAAACAGAAAUCUGCGAUACGUGGCUGCACCGAUGUUUGAGGGCCACCCUAAUUUUCCAUUUUCUGAUGAAUACUAACAUGUGUGGAUGUCUUUUGGAAGUUGCACUGGUGGAAGACUGCUCAGGUUGAUGUCUGGACUUGUCAUUUCUACUCUGUAGAAAUUCAGAACCUCCUGGAACUACGCUUCAUCUAAUAGAGAAAAAAAAAAUGAAAGUAAAAUAUUAUCCCAUUCUGAAACCCCCAAAAGUCAUAUUCUUCAACAAUUUUCAGGGUCAUUUUAUUACUUUAAAGGCUUAAUUUCCUAUGAUUCAUGAUGUCCUAAAAUUAAUUCUAAAUACUAAAAAAAUAAAAUAAAAAAAUAAAAAAAAGAAAAAAGUAGAGGGGAUAUGGGAACAAUUGAGAGAGUGGAAAAACAUGAUCAAAAUAUAAUAUAUGAAAAACAAAAACAAACAAAA